UCCCGAAGCAUUAUGAUGUCACACUAUCGGGGCGUUGGGAUUUCACAAUGCAUGAUUUAUUAUAUUUUGAGUGGUUCAUCACGACUCACUCUAUCUGUCUCUCUCUUCCGUUGGAUGAGUCGUUAUCAGUCUUCGCUGAGCUGGCAAUCGGAAAAGAUGCUGGCGCUGGUGCUGUUUGUGGUGCAUUUUGUUGCUACUAGUGUUUUCGCUAGUCAAGCGUAUCCGGUUUGGGAUAUUACAACAAACUGUCCGAUUCCGAACGAAGUACACUCGGGAGCCUGCCAAAGUCCCGACGAAUGUACGGCCUAUCAGCGCAUCAACGACGUCGGAAGUCUGGCGACGGUCGGUCGAAUAAGUUUUUUGCGUCGUUUGCAGUGCACCGGAGCGGAGGACGGAAAAAUUUGCUGUCCUCGAAGUGGAGGAAAUUAUCGGCAACCGUUUAUGAAUGAAAGUGUACCGAGACGGAUUGUCGAACCAACGACGAUGAUGGUCGGCAGCAGAGUAGGCGUUGACGAGGAAAAAACCUGUGGACAUCAGAGCUUUGGGCAGAAGCUUUUGGGAGGGCAUAUUACCGAUAUUGACGAGUUUCCUUGGAUGGCAAUGCUGCUGUACGAUGGCGAAGGAUCGAAUGCUGUUUCUCCGGGUUGUGGAGGUGCUCUGAUUAGAAGGAAUUUCGUUCUAACAGCUGCCCAUUGUUUGGUGGGAAGGAUCGUUCAGAAAAUAGGAAAUUUGAAGUUGGUUCGUCUCGGGGAGUACGAUUUGAAUAGCGAUCCGGACUGUAUGCUGGACGAAAAGGUCAAAGACUGUACCGAUGGAAAGGUGGACGUGAAACCGAAACGGAUUAUUGCUCAUCCGCAAUACGCAGCAAACGCCUUAAGCCAACAUCACGAUAUCGGUCUUGUCCAGCUGGAAAAACCGAUCGAAUACUCGGACUUUAUUCAGCACAUCUGUUUGCCAGAAGCGGCCUCCAGUAAUGGAGCCACCGCCGGAGCCAAGCUGAAUGUUUGCGGUUGGGGACGUACCAACUUUUUCCGUUCGGAAUUGGGAGGUAAUGCGGUUAGUCCGGUGAAGUUGAAGGUCGUACUGCCGUACGUCGAUCAUCAGAACUGUCGCGAUAUUUAUCGACCGCACAAGUUGGAACUGGGAAGCGGACAGAUCUGUGCCGGUGGACAGAAGGCAAAGGACACCUGUGCUGGCGACAGCGGGUCUCCGCUGAUGUUCUUCGAUAGCAAACGUGGAGUCUGGGUUUUGACCGGACUGGUAAGUUUGGGAGUGCAGAAGUGCGGUACCGAAGGAAGACCUGGCAUCUACACCAACGUACGGGAAUAUUUGCCAUGGAUCAGACGAAACAUUUUGCUGUGACAUUGACAUUGAUUAAUUGAACAACUUUCCUCACAAG